AAACAUACUCACACGGUAGCUGUCAUCUGGGUACAGCUUCGAUUCACUGCGGUCGAAACGAAUUCCAUCCAGGUUUCGUCCCCCCAAAGUGGUCAACGUGGUGCCAGGCAAGAGAAAAAAGCGCAAUGGUUUGAAAAAUUGUGUCGUACUGUGUGGUUCGUUUUGUCCCCGUGGUGUUUUCACGGCCAAUGCGAUAAUGUGAUGCAACUGUGAGCAAAACCGUACCCCCGUAACACCGAAACCACACACAUAUCCGUAACAGCCAGUAGAGGCAACCUGCCUUGGUAACAACAGGGCCAAGUGAAGUGCAAAAGAAAGGGAUUGCAGGACCGAAGAUGUUGUGUACCGCGCUAGGGAUUGUGCUCGGUGUGCUGGUCGGGCUGUACGGCCUGUUCGAGCUGCACUACUUUCUGCGAAUGUGCCUUUGCGUGGUGUCGGCGCGCUUUCUCAAGAAGCGGAUGCACAUCCUCGACACGGGCACCGUGAUGGGUCUUUGCCUAACGAAUGACAUUGACACGCUGCUUUACCACAUGAACAAUGCGCGCUAUCUGCGCGAGAUAGAUUUUGCGCGGGUUGACUUCUACGAGCGGACCUCGCUUUAUCGGACGAUCCGAAGUAAAGGCGGGUCGGUUGUACAAGGGGCCACCACCAUCCGCUAUCGGCGGUUCAUACGUCCCUUCACGCGCUUCACGAUCAGCUCCAGGAUCGUGUACUGGGACAAUCAGUCCAUCUUUAUGGAGCAUCGGUUUCUUGGCGGUACGGACGGCUUCAUCCACUGUAUUGCGCUCUGCCGCCAGCGCGUCAUGCAGUGCUCGGUGGAGGACGUGAUGGCAACGCUGCUCAAGAGCGGCAUCAGCUUACCGUCUUCGUCCGGCGCAAAGAAGCUGCCGUCCAACACGACCAGUUCGACCGAAUUUUUGGAGAAGGUAGAGACGGGUGGUGUCAUUGAAGCACCGAGCCUAGCCAAGCCCGAUCUGCCACCCGAGGUGGCCAAGUGGCUCGAGUGGAACGACAUCUCCAGCGCAAGCCUGCGGAGCGAGUGUUGAGGCAUCCACAGUGAGACUAGUAAAGCUGCAUUCCACGGGGAUGGUACUUGAGACUCCGAUUCGGUGUCUCUGAGGCUGUUAUUGUGUCCGCUUUGAUGUUGUGCACAGCAAAACUCCUUAGUUGCGUAGAGCAAAAAAAAAAACGGGUGUGUGUGGAGGCGCCCAGCUUUCUGUCCGUCACCACGUGCGUAAAAACCUAGAAACCUUUCCCUCGCUCACUCGCACUAUCUCUCUAUCUUUCUCUCUCACUCUCUCUCUCCCCCUCUCUCUCUUUGCUCAUUGUUGUUGACC